AAUUACAUCAAAUGAACUUGUAUCUAUUAUUGAGUAUUGUUGUGAUACAUUGUUUUCCAACAGAAGAUUUGGUGAAAGAUUAUGCUAGGUUCAAGAUUCCUUAUUCUGGAUAAUGGUAUAUGAAAAAAGUAUAAAAAUAAAAGGUUUUCAGGAUAUUUAAAGAUAAAUGACGAUGGGAGUAAAUAAUUUCAUUAUUUCAUGUUUCCUCAAUAAUAUCAAAAUAUGAGUGAUGAUAGUCCAGUAAUAUUAUGGUUGAAUGGAGGCCCAGGAUGUUCUUCUUUAUAUGGAGCAUUAAAUGAGAAUGGUCCUUUUGUAUUUAAUUUGGGUACAAAUGAUUUAAGAGUGAAUGCAUAUUCAUGGACAAAUACUGUAUAGAUAUGAUAUUGAAUAUGUAGGCACAUAUGUUUUAUUUGGAAUCUCCAGCAACAGUUGGAUUUUCAUAUGGUGAUGAGCACACAAGUGACGCAAGUUCAGCUAAAGAUAAUUUAUAAGCAGUGAUUGAAUUUUUUAAAAAGUUUCCUGAACUUAGCACUCAUGAAUUUUAUAUAAGCGGAGAGAGUUAUGCUGGAACAUAUAUACCAUUAUUAGCGAAUGAAAUCAUAGAAUAUAAUAAAGUAGCAACAAAGAGAAUAAAUUUAGUUGGUUUAAUGAUUGGGAAUGGUUGUACAGAUUAUACAGAAUGUACAAUAGAGGCAAAGAGAUUUCCAAUUCAUAAAUUUGAAUUUAUGCAUAGUCAUCAUUUAAUAAGUGAAAAAUUAUGGGAAGAGAUAGAUUCAUAAAGAGAUAAUUGUUUUAAUUCUACAACUUAAUAUUGUAAAGAUCUUUAUGGAAGAACUUAAGAAGAGAUCAAUUUGAGUUAGUAAGCAGUAAUUCUAUAAUAAUAGUGAAUUUUAUUAUAAUCCUUAUAAUAUCUAUGGAAAAUGUUAUUUAAAUCCAAUAACAAAAUUCAAUGGUGAAACAAUUAAAAGAUCUAAAAUGACACUUGAUCCUUUUGAAAGAGAACCAGGAACAGUUCCAUCUUGUUCAGAAGCAUAAGGAUUAUUUUAUUAUUUUACAAAUCCAGAAUUCAUAAAAGCCAUUAAUAUUGAUACUUCUAAACUUAACAAGGAAUGGGAAGAUUGUAGUAGUACAAUCAAAUACACAAAGGAUCCAAGAGCAACAUAUUAUUUAUAUCCUAAAUUAAUUAAGAGUGGCAUUAGAAUACUUAAAUUUAGUGGAGAUGUAGAUGGAGUUGUGCCUAUUACUGGAACAUUCUUUUGGUUGAAUAAUUUAUAAAACGAAUUAGGUUUUAUUUGUAUUUAUAUUUAAUAUAGGUUUACAUACAAUUGAACCUUGGAGAGCUUGGACUAUUCCAGGAAAUAAAAGUGGAGAAGAUCAAAAUGCAGGAAAUGUAUGGGUUUUAGAUGGUUUAUGGUUUGUUACAAUCAGAAAUGCCGGACAUAUGGUACCAAUGGAUUAACCAUUACCUGCUCUUGUAAUGAUCAAUAAUUUCAUUUAUGGUAUUCCUUUACCUAAUUGA